AUGAACCCCCACUCCCCAUCUGCGAACUCAAGUAGUUACCCAAACAAACGAGCAAGGCAUAGUUCCCCGGAGCCUUCUAGUACAUCCGCUACGGUAGCAAAGAGUGAUAGUCCGAGAAUUACGUCAGAUGAAAUUGUGCCUGCGGAACCAAUACUAGUCAAGGCCGAGGGAAUUGGGGGUGCUAAGGCGGGACAAAGCAGCAGUUUUCGCAAUGUGAGCGCCUGCAAUAGAUGCCGAUUGAGAAAGAAUAGAUGCGAUCAGAAUUUGCCCAGUUGUGCAAGUUGUGAGAAGGCAGGGCAUAGAUGUGUGGGCUAUGAUCCGAUUACCAAGAGAGAAAUUCCUAGGAGCUAUGUAUACUAUUUGGAGACAAGAACAGCGCACCUCGAAUCCUUACUACUGCAACAUAACAUCGCGUUUGCGCCAGCCGAAGUCCUUGAACAUUCCCCAAAGCCAGGAACAGAUCCUGCGGUUGUACAGACUCCCAGCGAUGAUGGCAGGUCGGUAUUUAAUGGAGACACGGCGCUUGUGCGAAAGCAAAGGCAAGACGAUGUGACGUGGAAUAAGAAGCAGGAUGAGUCCGAGAAGGUGGACAAAAUGAUGUCGAAUAUUGAGAGUGUUUCAGUCCAGGGAGCUUCAGACAAGAGAUACUUGGGCUCGACUUCCGGUAUAUCAUUUGCAAGAGUGGUGUUUGCGGCGGUGAGAUCUUCCGUUUCGGGUGCGGCUAGUGAUACGAGCGGUGUUAGGCCUUCGCGACCACCUGGAAGUUCGAAGACUGCUGCGCAAGGGGGAACUUCGAUGCGUGAUUCAUUCUUUGGUUUGCAUACAAAACCUACAAUUAAACCAGUGCCAUUCCCUGACAAGGACGUUGGGAAAAGAUUGGUGGACUUCUAUUUUGAGCAUGCAAAUCCACAGAUACCUAUAUUACAUCGAGGAGAAUUCAUGAAAAUGUUCGAGGAGGCAUACGCAACUGGAGAGAAUAGAGUUAGGACGCCCCGAGAACUCUAUAUGCUUAAUAUUGUGUUUGCAAUUGGUGCUGGAAUCUUCCUCGGCGACACAGGCGUUCGAUCAGGAGCGGGAAAGAAUGUCGACGGUGACAAGUCAAAUGGCGCAACCAGUGGAAAACAAAGUCAGCCAGAGGAAUAUCACGCUUCAGCAAUUGUUCACCUCGAAUCUUGUCUCAGCUCCUCGGUCGAUAGAGUCGAUGGUUUUGGUGGGGGUUUGGAGGAACUUCAAGCUGUUUUGCUUCUAGCUGGAUUCGCGCUGCUAAGACCUGUGGCUCCUGGUUUAUGGUACAUUAUUGGAGUAGCGGUCCGGCUAGCAGUCGAUCUGGGUCUGCAUUAUGAAGAUGGAAAGGAUAUCGAACUUCCAAUUUUGGAGGCGCCUGGGGUAAAGAAGGAAGAUACGGAGACUGCAAGGUUACAGCGUGAACGUGCGAUGCGAGAACGAGGUCGUCGUGAGUAUAUUCGGGAUUACAGGAGGAGAUUGUGGUGGUGCACAUACUCGUUUGAUCGGCUUGUUUCCACGUGUGUUGGGAGACCAUUUGGAAUCACCGAUCAAGUAGUUACAACUGAAUUUCCCUCUCUGCUCGAUGACAGAUAUAUUACCCCUGCUGGCCUACAAGACCCGGAGGUUGUUGGAACAAGUUACAAGCACGUGGCAUAUCAUUACUUCCGCCUUAGAUUGCUACAGUCUGAGAUAUUACAAGUAUUACAACAUCAACAGGCAUUGCAUGCGCGAGCAGGUGGUGCAAAUAUGCGCAAUCCUUUUAUGCACACGCAAUUGCCAUCCCCUUUCCUAGUGAAAUUCGACAGUUUCCGUUCUUGGCGUAUUGAUAUCGACAAACGUCUCUGGGAAUGGAAGACGUCAGCUCCUACCAAACGGGAGAUGGGAGUCGAAUUCUCCACAGACUUCUUGGAGCUCAACUAUUGGCAAUGUGUUAUCAUGCUGUAUAGACAAAGUUUGAGUGUCCCGCCGAUGUUCGAAGGAGAAUUUAGUACGAGUGAAGAGGUGGAAAGCCCCAGUAUACUUAAUGUAGAGUUGAGGGAAGAUGAAGAAAGAGUCUUUUUGAAGGUUGCAGAGGCGGGGCAAAGAGUGUUGAGAUUGUAUAGACAGUUGCAUAGGGUGCGACUUGUGAAUUAUACUUUCUUGGCGACGCAUCACCUGUUCAUGGCGGGAAUUUCAUUCUUGUAUGCUAUUUGGCAUUCUAAGGUUGUCAGAAGUCGACUGACAAUGGAUGAAGUUGACUUCACAAUCCUGGCCGCAACUUCCGUUCUUGGUGAUUUGAUAGAGAAAUGUCCUCCAGCUGAAGCAUGUCGAGAUGCCUUUGACCGCAUGUCCAAAGCUACAGUUCAGAUGUGCAUGUCCACUACCGGCUUCGGUUCCGGGGCUCAGCAGGGGCUCCAUUCCAGACGUCCUCAUCAUCCUGGUGGCCAACAUCAUUCACAGUCACAACCUGAUGAUUACUUCAAUGCCAAUAGUUCUCGACUUCGGAAACCUCCGCAGUCUAAUCGUCCAAAACCUCAAUUCGACAUGGGUCUCAAUGACCUUUUUACUCCUCAGCCUCCUCCAGGUGGCACGAAAGGACAUUCUAGGGUGGCCUCUGGAAGUAACCAAUCGAGGGGUGGCUUUGUCAGUGAGAGACCCAAUUCAAGAAAUAGCACUGGUUCGAAUAAUGCGGUCAAGACGGAAUUUGAUGCAUACAGAAAUGAUGCCAAUUCAUCACGAAUUCCUUCACCAAAUUUCGCCGCCUCACCUCCAUUUAGUAAUUUAGACAAUAACAUGAACCUUGAUCCAAACCUCUUCCCUGCCCAACAAAGCCCAGUGCAGGGAUAUACAUCAAUGCCAGGUCAGAGCCAAAAUGCCGAAAUGUAUAAUCAAUAUGAUCCUAGCAAUGGAGCUGGUGGCAACAGCAAUGCUUACAACUUUGAUUUCCAAAAUACGCCUGGACUUGGGUUCUUGAAUUAUGCGGGUCUAGGAUAUGGUGGUAUGGGAGGGCCAGGCGAGGAUGAAUGGGAUUUUAGUGGGUUUGAUAUGGGAUUUGGAGAGAACUUGGGGGAUGUAACGACGGUUGGAGGUGUAGGGGCAAAUGGUGGACCGGCGGGGAUCAAUUUGCUUGAUGAGUAUUUCUUCGGGACGGGGACGUAA